UUCGUCUGCCUGAGAGGAGCACGGCUACCUGAGGGGCAGCCAGCAGGUCCGUGUGAGCUUCAACACAGCAGCACGUGCCUCUGGUCGGAUCUGAAAACUUGCAUGCAGAACUUGAACGAGUCCAGGCUUCAGUCUGCAAGAAGGGAAGGCCAUGGUGCAAGGCAGGAGGGCUCACAGAGUGGCCCUUACAGGAACCACAGUCCUGUGUCCCAGAGCAGAGACUGAGCAGCAGAUGGAGGUGGAAGCCAACUCAAUUAUCAGCUGUUUGAAAUGUGGUGAGAAACCAAAAGCGGCUUGCCUUGAGUCCUCAAGAUCACAAUCGACUGGUUGGUACUUCAUAAUGAUGCAUUGAGAAACUGGAUACGGUGCCAAAAGAACUCCAUGCAUUUCCAUGAUACUCUUGGAUCCUGACUGAGAUACUUUUGGAUUUUAUAUAUUUCUGUUCUAAGGAGAAGAGUGCACGCUCACAUCCCUUUCUGCCAGCUUGCUGGCAGAGGAGCUUUACUAAGAUCAUGGACCAUCCCAAUAGGGAAAAGGAUGAAAGGCAGCGGACGACGAAAGGGAUGCCAGGGAGGAGCAGUCAUGGCUCCCGGCCGAGCUCAUCUGCAUCUUCUGGUGUUCUUAUGGUGGGACCCAACUUCAGAGUGGGCAAGAAGAUUGGGUGUGGGAACUUUGGCGAGCUCAGACUAGGCAAAAAUCUCUACACCAAUGAAUAUGUAGCGAUCAAACUGGAACCAAUAAAAUCACGUGCACCACAACUCCAUUUAGAAUACAGAUUUUACAAACAGCUUGGAAGUGCAGCUGAAGGGCUUCCCCAGGUUUAUUAUUUUGGACCGUGCGGAAAGUACAAUGCCAUGGUGCUGGAGCUGCUUGGUCCUAGCUUGGAAGAUUUGUUUGACCUCUGCGACAGGACGUUCACUCUGAAAACGGUAUUAAUGAUAGCCAUCCAGCUGAUCUCCCGAAUGGAAUACGUGCAUUCCAAGAACCUCAUCUACAGAGAUGUCAAGCCAGAAAACUUCCUUAUUGGCCGGCAAGGCAAUAAGAAAGACCACGUCAUUCACAUCAUAGACUUUGGAUUGGCAAAGGAGUACAUUGACCCAGAAACCAAAAAACACAUACCUUACAGGGAACACAAGAGCUUAACUGGAACGGCGAGAUACAUGUCCAUCAACACACAUCUUGGCAAAGAGCAAAGUCGUCGAGAUGACUUGGAAGCCCUUGGCCACAUGUUUAUGUAUUUCCUCCGAGGCAGUCUGCCCUGGCAAGGACUGAAGGCUGACACCUUAAAAGAGAGGUAUCAGAAGAUCGGGGAUACAAAGAGAAACACUCCGGUUGAAGUUCUCUGUGAGAACUUUCCAGAGGAGAUGGCCACAUACCUCCGUUACGUCCGGCGGUUAGAUUUCUUUGAGAGACCAGACUACGACUACUUACGAACCAUCUUCACAGAGCUGUUUGAGAAGAAAGGCUACACCUUUGACUACGCCUAUGACUGGGUCGGCAGGCCAAUUCCUACUCCAGUGGGAUCUGUUCACGUAGAUUCCGGGACGUCUGCAAUAACGAGAGACAGCCACGUCCAUCGGGACCGACCUUCACAGCAGGCCCUGCGCAAUCAGCAGGUGUCAUCCGAUCGCCGAGGAGAGUGGGAGAUCCAGCCCAGCCGGCAGACCAAUACCUCGUACCUGACAUCUCACCUGGCUGCAGAUCGGCACGGAGGAUCAGUGCAGGUGGUUAGCUCAACCAACGGGGAGCUGAACGUGGACGACCCGACGGGGGCACACUCCAACGCACCUAUAACAGCACAGGCAGAGGUGGAAGUGGUGGAGGAAGCUAAGUGCUGCUGCUUCUUUAAGAGGAAACGGAAGAAGACGGCUCAGCGUCACAAGUGACCGGUGCCUCCUGGGCCUUGCAGGAACACCACGUGCACCUGCGGCUCCUGCCCUGGCUAACUGGAAGGGGCUUAUCUUUAGGGGGAGGAGGAGGCAUAGGAGGAAGAGAAAAAAAAAAACAAACAAGUGACAUUUUAAACCAAAAAGAGAAGAAAACGUUCCAAAACAAACCACUCUCGGGUGGAUCUGCUGAAUGGUCUCCCUCGUUCACUCCAAGCCUGAUGCUCCUUUUGGGACCAGGACUGUGGCUGGCUCAGGUCUUGGUCGCCCCGGGAGGGGGGCUGGCUGGCUGACCCUCCUUCCCGUUGUUUACGGCGAAGGCAUCGUUCAUGCAAACCUGAGGACUGUGCUUAGUUCCUGCUCACUUUACCCCCCUCCCUCCCCUGCGCUCUCUGCUCCUCCGCCCUCCUCCCUCCUUAAUUAAGAAAAGAAACACCGUUGGUCAAUUGGCUCUCGAGAGGGCAGGAGGAUGCGGUCGGGGUGCAAGAGUUGCGUGGGAGAAGGGCCUGACUGCUGCAGCAGUACAACACAGGUUCCCUUUUAGGCUCCUUGGGAACAGUUACACUGUAACUGUGCAAGCUGUGAGAAAUUUGCAAUCUACUGUUCCAGUUAGGUUUCCUGGCUCCCCUUGACAGCUCCCUCCUCUGACGGUAACAGAGCAAUGUGGAUUGUUUUAAAGAAACUGACGUCGUUGCACUUUUUAUUAUUUUUAGCAUUACAGAUGCACAUUGUAUCUGUGGAUUUCUGCGUGGACCAGUGGUGCAAGCGCAGACAGACAUUCAGCUGGGAAUGCGUUGGGGUGCAGAGAGUGCCCUCGAGUGGGGAUGUUGAUGACAUCCACACAACCCUUGUGCCAGUUUGGGGUUCCCGGAGCCCGCCUUGGGCCGUGCGCUGAGGAAAGCAUACUUGAAUUUUCAAUCACCCUUUCCAUCUGCCAGUAAAGGUCCCCACCAUGGUUUCCUACACCGUGCCUGACCCAAGCAGCCCACAGACAUGCGGCGGUCGCCUGUUGGCAGCAGAGAGAGGCAGAUGAGGGUUAGCAUAACUGGGAGCUGGUGCUUCCCAGACCGCAGGCAUCUCUCAGUGCAGGGCCAGGCAAGCACGCAGCCCUCCCCAGCCUUCCGGUAGGGUGGUUGUGAACACGCAUCUUCCGUGGGGAAGUGUGAGGAGCAAAGCUUCCCAGGCAAAGUGGCAAUCCUUCACUGCCUUAAUACUGAUUUCAUCUCCAGAUGGUUGGAUGGGUUUGACUGGAAUAGCCUUGACGUCCUCCCUGCGAGCUCCCACCCCACAGGGAAGCCACAGCUCGAGUGCAGGCCAAACACACAGCUAGCAGCUAGCGGGGCACCUGCAACAUGAUGGCUUGCGUCCUGCUGCCACGCUUCCCAACCCGGAGGAGGCUGAGGCUGCUCCUGGAUGUGGCAGGGCUGUGGAAGAGCUCAGGCAGUUUUGGGGGAGUUUGUG